CGCUAUUUCCGGGUUGGUCAGCGGACUGCCUGUGAUUGGUGCAGUGUCUUUUGCAGGGGCUCUGAUUGGCCAGACUCAACAAAAAUAGCGGAAGUAUAUACACAGUCAGAGUUCCUGAUUUGGCUGCAAAGUUCACAAUGGAGCCGCCGCUGUUUCCCAGAGAGUCGGGCCAGUUUGUUGCAGACCUCAGUCAGGAUGUGUUUGUGGAGGAGGAAGGCGUCCAGAAGGUGGCCGAGAUGCUGUACUCUCUGCGGGACAGUGAUGAGCUCACAGCCAUUGGCUGGAAGAAUGCAAACCCUCUGGCUCCUGUAGCCACCUCCGACCAGGCUUUAAAUUGGGUGUUUGUGGUGGACACCAUGAACUUCUCUUUUUGGCCGGAGAAGCAAACGCAGCAGUGUGAGGUGACCUUUAAAGGCACCACUUACACGGGCUAUAUGACCUUGUGUGCCGCCAUCGCCAGGGCCAUGGAGGAAGGCGUGCCCAUCACGGAUCCAAAGUUCUUCUCCCAGAUAAGCGUGGAGGAGUUGGCGCACGUUCUUCGAUCGGACAACGAAACGCCCAUGCCGAUGCUUCACGAGCGCCACCAGGUGCUGACUGAAGGCGGCCGCGUGCUGCUGCAGCACGGCGGAAGCUUCCACAGUUUCAUCAGCCAGGCUGGGGACGACGCCCGCAAGAUGGUGGAGCUUGUCGUGGAGAAGAUUCCAUCCUACAGAGACGAGGCUGUUUAUGAGGGCAAGAAAAUCGCUUUCUACAAGCGAGCUCAGAUUCUGGUGGCUGACUUCUGGGGCAUCAUGGCAGCCCGAGGCGAGGCGGUCAUUGCCAACAUGGACUGGCUCACCAUGUUCGCCGACUACAGGAUCCCUCAGGCCCUCGUCUACCUCGGUGCCCUGCGAUACUCCGAUGCUCUGAUGGGCACGCUGAAAAACGGCGAGUUGUUGCGUUCAGGCGACAGGAGGGAGGUGGAGAUCCGAGCGUGUUCCAUCUGGGCGGUGGAGCGCAUCAGGGCACGUCUGAGCGAGCUGAUGAAGGAACGGGACGGCAGGAGCUGCGGCGUCACCUCGGCCAUCAUCGACUUCUACCUGUGGCCGUACGCCAAGCAGCACCACAAAGAGAUGGCACACAUUCCCAUACACCACACGCGCUCCGUGUAUUACUGACAAGAUUACUGACGAAUAUGUCGAUUAAUAAUCUACGUUUAAAAAAAAAAAAAAGUGAAUUCCCUGCACAAUUUUUAAUUAUUGUAUAUAAAUUAUAAGUAUAAGGAAUAAAAACAUUCAUUCAUUUUCUACCGCUUAUCCUCACGAGGGUCGCGGGGGUCGGGGGUGCUGGAGCCUAUCACAGCUGUUUUUGGGCGAGAGGCGCGGUACACCCUGGACUGGUGGCCAGCCAAUCACAGGGCACAUAUAGACAGAAAAAGCUAAGAGAGGUUGCCUCCAGCCACAUCUGUUAAUGCCAAUGUUACACUAAUUGGAGACCUAUGGUGGUUACUUACUUUUGUAUGUAUGAACUGGGUGGCUAUCAUUAUUAACUGGUAAUUGGAGUGCGGCCCGUUUUUUGUUUUUUUUAAUUUAUUGGCACAUUGUAAAAAAAAAAUAAUAAGAAGAAGAAAAUAAAAAACUAAAAAAUACAGCAUUUUUAAUAUUAUAAAAAUAUUAUUAUAUUAUUGUAAUAUAUUAUUAUUCUAAUAUUGUGAAAAACAAGCCGAAUAACUACAGAUUUUCGAUAAUAGUAUUUUUGCCGAAAAACCGAUAUGCUUAUAUUGUCCAA